CGAUGACGACGCCCACGACGACCUACCGCGACCCGCUCGCCGACCUCCCUGCGCCCCUCCACGCCCUCACCGACGACCGCCAGCCUGACGGCAAGUCGCUCGUCAAUCCCGCCCGACCCGACCACGCCCUCUCGCCGUGGUACACCUCGUACCCCGUCGAGCUCGACCAGAGCAACAACGCGUUCGACUUUCACAUCUACUACGACGGCGAGGCGCAGAUGGCGCACGCCCGCAAGCUCCACGAGCGCGUCCGCCGCGAGUUCCCCGAGCUGCGCGUGUACCGCUUCUGGGAGGUUCCUGUCGGGCCCCACCCCAAGGCCAUGUUCGAGGUGAACACCUUUACGCCGGCACAGUUCGGCGCUCUGUUCGGCUUCCUCGUCGCGUUCCGAGGCGACCUCUCCGUCUUGAUCCACCCGAACACGCUCGAAAGCGAACUCCUCGACCACACGGCCAAGGCGAUCUGGAUGGGCGAACGCCUCGAGCUCAUCCUCGAGCCGCUGCGGGCGCACGAGGGCCGUUUCGCAACGUCGGUCUCGGCCGCACAGGGCGGUGCGUAGCUCGUGCGCGAGAGAGGUGCAACUCGGUCUUUCCUCAGGU